AUGAACCAAAUAUCUCAAUUUCCCUUUGCCAACUUCCAAGAUCGUUUGAAUGUUGAGAACAUCAGAUCCAACAUCACCACAGUGGGAUCCAAGCUUCAAUCAUUGAAGUCUCCCCAGGAAUUUUUUGAUUUCAGAAGAAUAUCCAAACCUGAAAACUUUGGAGAGAUUCAAAGCAGAGUGUCAUAUAAUUUGAGCUAUUUUUCAGCUAAUUAUCUUUCAAUCAUUGGUUUAUUGAGUAUUUAUGCAUUAGUUACAAAUUUAUUACUAUUAUUCGUGUUAGUGUUCUUUAUUGGAGGCGUUUAUGGUAUCAAUAGAUUACCUGAUGGAGAAAUUAGAUCGCCUUUUGGUACAUUGAAUUCUAGUCAAUUAUACACUGGGCUAUUUAUGAUUUCGAUUCCUUUGGGUUUCUUAGCUAGUCCAAUUUCCACAAUGAUGUGGUUAAUUGGUGCUUCAGGUGUUACAGUCUUGGGACAUGCUUCAUUAAUGGAUAAGCCAAUUGAAACUGCUUUUGAGUCUGUUUAA